AUGCAAGGCAAGCGCGGAGCGUUUGUCGGGAGAGACAUCGUUCCAUGCUGGAUUGCGGACAUGGAUUUCGAGGCGCCCCGUCCCGUCGUGGACGCGGUGGUGGCGCGGGCAAAGCACGGCAUCUACGGAUAUACGGACGCGUCUGCGGAGCUUGAGGACUUGACCCUUCGAAGGCUCAAGACGCUCUACGGCAGCACCGAGACGCCCGAUCGCUCAUGGCUGCGCUGGCUCCCCGGGCUGCUGCCGGGCUUGCACCAUGCCGUGCGCGCAGCCUGCCAGUCCCGCGAGGACCGCGUCGUCUUGCUCACGCCGCUGUACCCGCCGUUCCUCGCUGCCGUCGAGCGCAACGGCGCCACCCUUGUUCAGAUCCCGCUCAUCGACUCAGGCGCAUCGUCUAUCGAGAUUCGGUUCGAUUUGGACUGGGAGAGGCUCGCCUCCGAACUGGCACACCCAGCGACGCGGCUGCUGCACUUCUGCAACCCGCACAACCCCGCGGGCCGCUGCUGGAGCCGCGACGACCUCGAGCGCGUCGCGAGGCUUUGCGUCGAGAGCGACGUUGUCAUCUGCUCUGACGAGGUGUGGGGAGAGAUGCCGCUCGAGCCGGAGCGGGCCCCCUUCUGCUCGAUGCUCGGCCUGCUGCCGUCGGACGGCGGGGGUGGAGACGUCCCUGGCUUGCGCGAGCGCCUGAUCUUCCUCACAUCGCCCUCUAAGUGCUUCAACGUGGCGGGGCUGGACCUCGCCGUCGCCGCCGUCCCGCACGAGCCGCUGCGGCGCCGCUUCUGCGCGGGCGGCUCCGACGCAGCGGAGGUGACCCCGUUCGGCUACGUGGCGGCGACCGCCGCCUACGGGGACGCGGAGUCGGAGCUGUGGAGGCAGCGGCUGCUCUUGUACUUGCGCGCGAACCGCGACUUCGCCUUUGGCGCGCUGACGCAGGCGGAGGGCGUGCGCGCGACCUGCCCAGAGGCGUCCUACUUGAUGUGGGUGCAGGUGCCGGGAUUACUGGCGGGCACCACCGCCGCCGCAUUCUUCGAGGCGCACGGUGUCGGCCUCACCGGCGCGGCCGAGUUUGGAGGAGGCGACGAUUGUGUCCGGCUCAACUUUGGAACCAGCCGUGCCACCCUAGAGGAGGCGGUCUCACGGAUGCUCCGCGCGCUAGAGAACCUGUAAGGUGCCUCGUGUACUUUAUGGGCUGGUUCUAGUAUGUGUGUAUCGGACCCUUCAAGACACAUCGGUCAUCUUGUAU